UGAAAGUAACCAUGGCAGUUCCCCCUUCCUGUGCACUAGUACUUCCCUCUACUCGGGGAUCUGUGUACGGCUUUCAGUGUGAAGAAGGGCUGUCUACAACAUGAUUGAUGCCAUAAAACCUGUGGAAGAGUGUUCGCUAGUGAAGAGUAACUACAUAUCUCCACAUCAGAAUAAGCCAUGGACAUCUGGGAUGGAUGGAAUAUUAUAGAAGAUGAUGAGACCGGGCAGUUCUGCCAGCAGCUCCGUCAGUGUGAAGAUCACUUCCUGAGGAUGACGUAUGAAUAUUUCCAGGAUGAUCUGCUCCACAUUGUGGAGAACAUGAGACUCCUACCACUUCUCCGUGAGCUACAGUCCCGAAAUCUCCUUGAUACUGAGAAAUACCACAGUCUAGAACAUGAUAGAAGAAGAUUGGCGCAGACUUUACUACAGGAUAUAUUUCUCAGAGGAAGAGAAGCUGUGAUAGGACUGUGGGUCAGUCUCUAUGUAGUACGGAGACGUCAUGGUUCCCCGAGCCUGGACGCUGUACUGGAGGAACUCCGUCAUAGAGAGACUAUCAGCAGGCUGAAUAACGCACACACUAGCCACGGAUCUUUGUAUUGCAUCUUAGGUGACUCUCUGGUGGAGCAAAUCCUUCUGGAUGAACAUGGACACCAACUGCCCCCACAACUAAAAGAAUUCCAGAUCCGUCACAAGAAACAUUUACAUGAAAGAACUGAGAAACUUCUAGAGAACAAACCUCCAAGAUGUGACCAGCGAGAGGAGAGUUUUCCAUUCUCUACACGUUAUGUCAACCUCAUCAUUGUCUCCAAUGAUCACUUCAGAGAACGCUCUGAGAAUGAGCUCAUAGAGACCGGGGUAAAACAUGAGGAAUACUUAAAGAGAAAACAAAACCAAUUACUGCACAUUUCCCCCAACAAACUGUUCCACUGGUGCCACCGAUCCGAACAAGUGCCACGUAUGGUAAUGGUGUGUGGAGUGCUCGGUGCAGGGAAGACCACACUGAUGCAGAAGGUUGUCUAUGACUGGGUGAAGGGGGAUCUCUAUCAAAGAUUCUCCUUUGUCUUUUUCUUCAAAUUCCGAGAAUUCGGAUUGGAUAAAGUUAGUCUGGAGUCUCUAAUCCUUCAUCAGUACCCAUAUCUGGAGGAGCAGCUUAGUAACAUCCUACAAGAACCAGAAAAACUUCUCUUUAUAUUUGAUGGUUUAGAUGAAAGUUUUUAUAACAUGGAUUUCUCAUCACAUCACUUGUGCUCUAGUCCUAAACUGCCUGAACCUUGUGGUCAGAUUGUGGUUAGUUUGGUGAGAAAGUCUCUUCUUGAUGGUUGUUCUGUCCUAAUGACCAGUCGCCCAACCAGACUGGCAUCAAUUGAUUGUAGAGUUUUCAAGAGAAUAGUGGAAAUCAUUGGGUUUUUACCGGAAGAACGACAGAUGUACUUUCAAAAUUUCUUCCCUGACCCUGAACUGGCGGAAAAGGCUUUUAAUUAUGUGAAGCAGAAUGACACCCUGUACACCUUCUGUUACCUCCCGUCCUACUGCUGGAUCAUCUGUACAGUAUUAUCCAGGAGCUUCCAGCCAACAAGUAGUGAUCAGCCAGUGUCAUUAUUACCCAAAACUGUCACCCAGCUCUUUGCGAUAUUUGUCGCCAACAUCCUGUUCAAUCACAGCCUGCACAAAAGUGACGCUCACAAGAUCCUUCAGUCCAUCGGAUGGAUGGCAGAACAUGGAGUAAUGAAUCACAGGCUUAUCUUUGAUCACCGAGAUCUGGACUGUUUCGAUGUGGACAAUACGUCAAAGCUAUUAUCAAGUUUUCUGAUGGAAUCGGAGGAACCUGUGUCAUAUUCCUUCUUACAUCUCACUGUUCAGGAAUUCUUCUCUGCCUUGGUGCAUUAUGUGGACUAUUCUCCUGAGAAGUUACAGAAAUCACUAAAAGAUGCCAAAUCCUAUCCUGAUGGACGAUGUGAGAUGUUCCUCCGUUUCCUGUGUGGUUUAUCAGAUGGCUCCACCAGGUCAAUGCUAACUGGAUACCUGGACAGAGGAGCAACUCAGACGUCUAUAGAUGUCAUCACUUGGCUGAAGAACUUCAUUCUGGUAGAAAAGAGGCCAAUGGAAAGUAAGAACAACAAGCGACGUCUUCUCAGUACAUUUUUCUAUCUGUAUGAAUCCCGGAAUAAGGCUCUGGUGCUGGAAUCACUACAAUUACACAGAAGUCUUGACUUUUCCAAUGUUCGUAUGUCGGCUCUAGACUGCACAGUGUUAGCAUUUAUUCUGGACACCUGCAAAAAUAUAGAAGACCUCAAUCUACAGGCCUGUUCCUUAGACAAUGAACGAUUAGAAAGACUUGCUCCAGGAUUACAUAACCUGCAGAAUCUGAGAUUGACCUGGAAUAAUCUAACAGACUAUUCCUGCAUUCAGUUGGCAUCUGCAAUAAGGAAUAACCGGUACCUGAAGCUACUCGACCUGUCUGGUAACUGUCUGUCUGGUCCUCACUUCAGUGACUUGAUGGAGGCUCUGUCCAGUCCGGCCUGCAGGAUAAAGGAAUUACAGAAAUGGACGGAGCGGCUGCUGGGCCUUGUCAGACCAGUCCCGGGAGCGGAGGUGAGCCGACCAGUCCCGAGAGCGGAGGUGAGCCGACCAGUCCCGGGAGCGGAGGUGAGCCGACCAGUCCCGGGAGCGGAGGUGAGCCGACCAGUCCCGGGAGCGGAGGUGAGCCGACCAGUCCCGGGAGCGGAGGUGAGCCCACCAGUCCCGGGAGCGGAGAUGAGCCGACCAGUCCCGGGAGCGGAGGUGAGCCCACCAGUCCCGGGAGCGGAGAUGAGCCCACCAGUCCCGGGAGCGGAGGUGAGCCGACCAGUCCCGGGAGCGGAGGUGAGCGCACGUGAAGUGCAAAGAAGUUUCAAAAAUCUGCUGUGGGGCCCAGUCAGUUCUAGUUAGGCCACGGCACUGUAUGUUUACAGUAAAUGAUGCUACCCUGUAAUGGAGUAUAAUCCUACAUCAAAUGAGUAGGUGGCCAAUACUCAAAUAGUGCUAAUGUCCCACAGACCGCCUCUCCUUAGAGACACACGUUCACUGCCGGUUAGCAGUUUUCCUUCCCAGAAUAUGCUGUGCACGUCCACCUUUCACAGUGUCCCGGUUCCCACUGCUUCCUGUCUCUGAUGUACACACGCAUGCCUGGACGUGUACAUUAACGGCCCGGGACUGCUGAGACCAGAGCGGGACAGGAAGACAUCAGAAGAUCCGUCAGCCAGAUGGCAUCCUGAGGACUCAUGACUA